AAAAGAAGAGGGGAUGCCACACAUGGCCUUGUCCCAACUUUGUUGAGAUGUAUUGAUGCCAUGAAAUUUAAUAUCACCUUAUUUUUCCCUCAAAAUGAUAUAUUUUCUCAGUUUAAACAUUUGAUAUGCCAUCAAUGUUGUAUUCUGAAUAAAAUAUUGAAAUUUGAAACUUCCACAUCAUUGCAUUCAGUUUUUAUUCACAAUUUGUACAGUGUCCCAACUUUUUUGGAAUCGGGUUUGUAUAAUACAAUUAAUGCAAUAUGGCUACUUCAAUAUAAUUGUAGUCGUGUUUGUUAAGUGCGAAUGAUGGUAGACCAGGGCUGGGUGCAGUUCACAGUCUUUAAUGAAAAAAGUAAAUAGUCCUCACAGAGAAACGAGAACACAAAUAACUGGCGUUAAACGGAGCCAAAACCGAAAUAGCCAGACGACUGGAACCAAGGAAAUCUGCAAACUUUCCACGAGGACAGAGGCAGGGACCCCGAGAUGCAUUCAGCCGGUCAGUAAUAAUGAAGACAGCAGUCAGGGUGAACAGCCAAGGGCGAGCACAGAACAGGAUCAGACGGGACAGGACAGGACAGGUGAACAAACGUAUCUUCACGAAAGGUCAUUGAAUAAUCCGACAACAAGACAGGGCAAGGAAGAGGGAAUAAGAAGCAGAGACAAUCAAGAGGAAAAAAGGGGCAGAUUCACCACAACCUCUCAUUCUUAAACCCACUGAUCUGAAAGAAGUGAUGGAGGAAAUAACAGUCAAUCUGAGCUGCUCUGCUGAAGCCCCCUGCCCCAAACAACCUCCUACAAUAUCCUGGUCCAACAUCCCUCAAUCUGCCAACAUUACAACACAGUUACAGGAGAAACCUGAUAAAACCCAGUCAGUGUUUUCACACAUGACCUUCAAAGCUUCAUACAUGGAUCAUAGAAAGAACAUCUCCUGCACUGCUACAUAUCCAAGAAAUACAUCUAAUGACUCAACUGUGGAGACCACCAUGAUGCUACAAGUCCUGUUUUCUCCAAAAGAAACUUGCAUCACCAUCGAUCCAUCUGCUUCAAUCUCUGUUGGCACUAAUGUGACUUUGACAUGCAAAAGCAAAGCCAAUCCAUCAAAAAACAUGAACUACACCUGGUACAAACGUGGACAGGAGAACCAGCUGGAUUUUGGAGAACAACUGACCUUUACUGUACAUAGGAAGAGUGGAGGCUGGUACUUCUGCACAGCAAAGAAUGAACAUGGUAAUCAGAAGUCAGAAGAGAUCCAGCUGAUUGUGGCAGUAGGAGUUUCAGCAUUUCUGUUGACAUUUCUUCUGAUAACACUUUUCCUCAGAGUGCAAAGAGUAAAGGCAAUCACUAUUAAGGAAACUGAUGUCUCAGAUCAGGGUCAGGAAAAACAAGUGCAGAUCAGCUCCAUUUAUACUAAUGGUGCUUUUGUGUCAGAUGAAGAGCUGGAGAUGCCAAAGGAUGAGAAUGACAAAGUCCACUCUGGAGAGAUUGACUUCUCCACUCCCCAAACCAAAAGUACCACAGUGAAGAGCUCAUGACAAGAGACGAUAGAUGAGAUGGAGAUGGAGAUGGAGAUGAACCAGGAUUGAUUUAGAAUAAAUGGCUUGAGUGAACUGUGUAAAUGUAGCAUGCUUUAUUGGCUUGGCUUAUAUAUGUGUGUGUGUUUGUGUGUGUGUUCUUGUAUACAUGGUUUGUGAGGUGUCAGUCUGUUAGUUUCAAUUUUCAUGGACUUUCAGUUUGUCACAUGUUUCACACUUCCUGUGUCCUCUUAAACCAAAUGGCUUAAAAAACAUGCUAAACUGUAUUUUUUUUUUUUAAAUUAAAAAAAUGCAGACAGUUUUCUAUGGUGGGUUUAGGGGUAGGUGUAGUGUAGGGGUAUAGAAUGUACAGUUUGUACAGUAUAAAAACCAUUACAUCUCUGGAGAGUCCCCGUAAACCACAUAUACAAAUAUGUGUCAGAGAUGUUCACAAGUCCCUGCGGUCAAGUCCAAGUCAAGUCUCAAGUCUUUGAGGACCAGGUCAAGUCAAGUCCAAGUCAAGUCUCAAGUCUUUAGGGGUCCAAGUCAAGUCUCAAGUCAAAUCUUUGUUCUAUUUUAUUUUUUU